AUGUUCCUGGGCCAGGGUAGGCCUUGGGCGCCCUGCACCCGCGCCGCCCGCAGCGCCCUCGACGGCUUCCUCCAAGGGGAAGAGGUUCCAGCCGAUCUUCGCAGCGUGGUGUACUGCUACGGCGUUCGACACUCGCCCAAGGAGUCCUGGUACGAACUGCUGGAAAGGUACAAGUAUUCCCUGGACAGCGCAGAACGAGCUCUUCUUUUGGCUGGCCUUGCAUGUUCUCACGACAAAGACCUUCUAAAUGAAUUGCUGGGCUACUCCAUCCAAGGAACGUUCAUCCGGAAGCAGGACGCAGCCAGCGUCUUCUCCUCCGUCUACGGCAACUCCGUCGGCGUCGAGGUGGCGCUCAACUUCCUGGACGAGCACUUCGACCAAGUGGAAGAAUACUAUGGUUCCAUGGGCGCGAUUAACAACAUUGUCGUUGGAAUAGCUGGUCGUCUCACCACUCAGGACCAAAGAGAUAAA